UCUUCUUCUCUCUUAUCUUUUUUCGCACUCUCUCUCUCUCUCUCGUAUAUUCUCACAGUUUCUUCGCUGGUAAGAACGGAAGAACGAGUCACACCCACCGCCCUCGACCCGAAUCCGCCGCAGGACCCGACUCGCAGCCGUAUUAAUACUUUUCGCUCCCAUUUUUUUUUCCCGAUAUUACAAUAAACACCAAUCACCAUGGAAUCGCAAUCUGUAAGUCUUCAAAUCUCCCUCUCAUUUGUGCCAGCUCCGUACGGCACCGUUUUCUAGAAACCCUAAAUCUUAUCAGUUUCUUGAGCUUGGUCGUUUCCGAUUAAUCUCUAUUUUUCAAACGUUAAUGUUGGUUAAGGUAUUUGGCUUUUUUUUUUUUUUCCUUGACGGAUUCGAUAUUUGUAUUUUUUUUUUCCAAUGCUGUUAGGGUUCUUGAAGUUUCGACGAAUUUCUCUGCAUUCAUGUUCGAUUUCGACGGGACGUUAGGAAUUAGGGUUUUCAAUUGAGGCAUUGUUUUGAGGGGUGGAAUUUUUUAUUCCAAUUUGUAGGGGUUUUUUUUUUCGUUCGGUUUCAACACGGGGAAGAUAGGUGUGGGUUAGGAGGAUAAUGUGUAUACUGUGUGUGAUCCAGAAGUGGUCUCGCCGGGUUGCUACUAUGCUGCCUUGGUUAGUAAUUCCUCUUAUAGGAUUGUGGGCUCUGUCACAGCUUCUGCCACCUGCUUUUCGAUUUGAGAUAACCUCACCCAGGCUCGCUUGUGUUUUUGUGCUUUUGGUCACUCUUUUUUGGUAUGAAAUUUUAAUGCCUCAGCUGUCUGCUUGGCGUGUGCGUAGAAAUGCACGGUUGAGGGAGAGAAAAAGGUCUGAAGCAAUUGAAUUGCAGAAGCUUCGAAAGACUGCAACAAGAAGGUGCAGAAACUGCUUGACACCAUAUAGGGAUCAGAAUCCAGGUGGUGGUAGAUUUAUGUGUGCUUAUUGUGGCCAUAUUUCCAAGAGGCCAGUUUUAGACUUGCCUGUACCUCCUGGAUUGGGAAUGUCUAAUUCUGGGAUUAUUAAGGAUCUGGUUGGCAGGGGUGGGAAAAUAUUGAACGGGAAGGCCUGGUCUGACAAUGGAUGGAUGUGCAGUCAGGAUUGGUUAGAAAACGGCAAUUGGGCUGGUGGGUCUAUUGCCGGGAAAUCUAAUUAUUGGCGGAAGAAUGGGAGUGGAUAUUUUGGAGGCGAUGAGAAUUGUUUGGCUGAGAAAUCUUAUUCAGGUGUUGUGCUGUCUGCAUGUAAGCUGUUGACUUCUUUUUUCUUGAGCAUUAGGUGGAUUUGGAGAAAGGUUUUUAGAAUUAGUUCAUCAAAGGAGGACUCUUCUUCUGAUGCAGAUCAUAGGGGGAUUUUGACUAAAAGGGGUGAGAAUGGGGCAAAUUAUCAUGAGACUAAAGGAGAAAAAGCACGCAGAAAAGCUGAAGAGAAAAGACAGGCUAGGUUAGAGAAGGAGCUUUUGGAGGAGGAAGAAAGAAAGCAAAGGGAGGAGGUUGCAAGAUUGGUUGAGGAACGUAGGAGGCUGAGGGAUGAGAAAAUGGAGGCUGAAAAAGAUCGAACCAAAUCUUCACCAACCAUCCGGGAGAAGGAUAGUAAGAAGGAAGCAGAGAAGAGGCGGCAGGAAAGAAGGAAAGAAAAAGACAAGGGUUCAAGUAAGAGUAAUUCUGAUGCUGAAGAGAUGGAAAAGAAAGCUGAUAAGGAAAGCGAGCGGAAGCAGGACUAUGAGAAGAAGAGUGAAGCUGACCGUCGGGAACAUCAAAAGUCUGGGAACGACAAUGUGAAAGGCCAGAGCACUGAAUCAGGACAUGGUACAAAGCAUCUGUCUGCAAGCAAUUAUAACCGUGGAAAUGAUGGAACUAGGUAUCUGGAUCGAAUGAGGGGUACAUUUUUGUCUUCUUCUAGAGCUUUUACAGGAAGUGAUUUCCUUGGAAAGUCUGCUAAUACUCCUGCUAAUGUUACAAAAGAAAAUAAGUUUAACAGUUCUGUAGAUCAUGGCCAUGCUUCUGCCUGUAGGAGGGAUAUAUGUCCACCUGAGUGCCUAACUGGGAAAUCAUUUAUGAAUGGAGAUGAUAAGAAUGUAAACCGUCCUGUGCACUCAGAACUGCAAGCAAGGACGGCACCUAAAAAAUCAUGGCAACAAUUAUUUACACGCACAUCUUCUACUUCUUCAUCCUCAAAUACAAAUGUCAUUAGUAGGCCAAAUUCAAAGCCCCAAGCAGAAGUUCAAAGCCCACAGUUACAUGGGCAAUCAUCAUCACUGCAAGCAUUUGAUAAUCCAGUCAAUUUUGGGCUGCCAUCACCAUUUACUCUCUCUACACAUCUGAAUAUAUCCAGUAGCAGUAGUUUAGGCUUCUCACCUCCCAUUGAACCCAUUUUUCCGUGUGUUGUUGAAGGGCCCCAUGACUUAAUGCCCGAGGAACCUGAGCUUUUUGAAGAUCCAUGUUAUGUUCCUGAUCCAAUAUCAUUGCUUGGGCCUGUAUCAGAGUCACUUGAUAAUUUCCAGUUGGACCUGGGGACUGGUUUUGCAUCAGACAUGGGAUUGGAAAGGCCUCAUGCUUUGAAGAAUUUAUCUGCAUCUUCUGAAGCUAACAAGCCAUCUCCAAUUGAGUCUCCGUUGUCUCGACUCCGAGUUGCUGAUGAGAAGCAUAAUGGAUCUAAUUGGUUCCCUACUAGUCCUAAGGCUCAAGAUUUGCACACCCUGCCCGUGGAUGAUGUGCAUGUUAAUGAAAAGGGAACAUGGCAAAUGUGGAACAGUUCUCCUCUUGGUCAGGAUGGUUUAGGUUUGGUGGGUGGGCCGGGAAGCUGGCUUUUACCCCCAGAUCGGAGCAGAUCAACCAUGGAAGAUGUCUUGCAGUCUUCAGCUUCCUUUUUUUCAAAAGAUGACCAAGUCCUUUCUGGUACUCAUUCUCCACAGAAGGUUUUUCUUGGCAAUGGCCAGAAUAGUGGGGUGUUUAGUCCAGUUAGUGGUUCAAGUGAUAAUGAUCCGUGGUCACAGAAUGCCUUUUUCCCACCAUUGUCAGGGAGUGAUAGCCAUUUCUCUCUGAAAGCUCAGGAAGAGAAUAUUCAGAAUGAAAUAAUUUAUGGGAGUCCUACAGGCACUGUAACCAACCAUCCUUUUGAGCUGUCUCCAGCUAAUUGUUGGUCCAUGAAGGACUGGACUGUGCAAGGUUCAGGAGGUGGUGUUGGGAAAACAUCUGUCACUAGGCCCAAUAUUGGUGGUUUAUUCCCAAGCCCAGAUGUACAGUCGCUUUGGUCAUUUGAUUAGGGAAAAAAAAAGAAAAAAGAAAAAAAAAAAAAACAAAAAGAGUAACAGUAUGAGGGACUUGAUUACACUACCUGUUCAGAAGAGGCAAACUUCCUCUUUUGUAGGAGAGUUUAGAAUACUGGACGGGGAUUGUAUCUUCCUCCUCUUCUUUAUAAGGGAGAUUGAUUUUACUUGCGUUGUAGAAUGGAUAGGAAUACGCGUGGCAUGCAUUCACUUGUGCUGUUGUGCAUCAGGUAACAAGUAGUUGUCAACUUUUAACAACUUCUUUUUCGGCAUAGGGGAGGGGGUGUCCCCUUGUUGAGGAAAAUUUGUUCGUUUGAGAAUGGGGAGCUAUACCUCCUCUUAGUGGUAGCUUCUGAAUGGAUGUUUAAUGAAAUGAUACUAACAGAUGGUGGUGUUGCUGUUAUUAGAAA